CCAGUGGGUGUGGGGGGAAGGGGCAGGCCUGUGUUUGCGGGCGGGCACCGAACUGUGAAUCUCUCGUGUCCGUCAUGCCGGCUACUGUGUGAGGUGCCGACGCUGCAGGAUGUACAGUAGCGGGGAGCUGGUCGCUGAUUUCCUCCGUUACAAACUGUCCCAGAGGGGCCACAACUGGAGAUGGCUUUGUGAGCAGAAUGGAGCGGCGGGCCUGGGGACACAGCCCGAGCCCGGAGCGGCUGUGUGCAAUGGCAGGCCCGAGGCUGAGCGGGCCCGCCAGGCCCUGUUGGAUGCCGCUGAGGAGUUCGAGCUGCGCUACCGCCGGGCUUUCAGCGAUCUGUCGGCGCAGCUCCGCGUUACCCCGGACACGGCAUACCGGCGCUUCGAGCAGGUGGUGGGCGAGCUGUUCCGCGACGGCGUUAACUGGGGCCGGCUGGUGGCAUUCUUCUGUUUCGGGGCGGCCCUGAGUGUGGAAAGCGCCGAGAAGGAGAUGGGCGCAUUGGUGCCCCGCAUCGCCGACUGGAUGAGUACCUACCUGGAGAACAACCUGGACCCUUGGAUCCGGCAGCACGGUGGCUGGGUAAGAGCUUUAUCCAGCUUCAUGCGCCAGGUCCCUACACUGCAAAGCCUGGGAAUCUAUACAGUGUACCUGAUCCCUAACUCUGACCCCAAAUCCCUCACCUUCCACACUAGGUCGUUGUCCUAUACGCCAACCCUGUCUACCCAGGUCCUUAACGCUAAAGAGCGUUUGGCCCUGACUUCUAUAAGAGAGCUGGCAGACACUGGGCUGAAUGAUCAUCCUACGUUCUGUCUGAUUCAGAGAUUCUACCUCCAAGAGCAUGGGGAUCGCUGGUAUCUGAUAAACCUUGAUCUUAAUCUUGAAUUUGAGAACCUGGUCUUCAGUCUCUUCCUCAGUCAGCUGAAGCUGAGUUGGGACAUUGGAGAUGAUGAUGAAUUUCAUUACCUACAUCUACCAUUAUUAAGACAAGGUUUUGAUGAUAUGGAAAAUGAUUCUCAAUUGAUACCGGGGAUGCUGUGCUGUGGCAGCCGGUUAGAAGAGGAUCUCUGA